UAGUUAUCUCCCCUAUCAUUAAAAGACAUGGCAGCUCUGAGGAAAGUAGCCCGAGUUUUCGGUCGAAACUUAAAGUUGACUAAUUAUGUCAAAGUGACAACUACGAGAUCGUUGUCCUAUUUUCCCAUUGAUGAUAGUCUCUUUGGUCUGAAUGAAGAACAGAAGCAGCUGAGACGGAGUGUAUUUCAGUUUGUCCAGAAAGAGCUGGCUCCAAAGGCAGCAGAAAUUGACAAGACCGAUGAUUUCAAAGAACGAAGGGAAUUUUGGAAAAAAUGUGGUGAAAUGGGUUUCCAUGGUAUUACGGCACCAAGUAAAUAUGGUGGAUCAGAGAUGGCGUACCUGGACCAUGUGCUAGUGAUGGAAGAGAUGUCGAGGGCCAGUGCGGCAAUCGCCCUUAGUUACGGGGCUCAUUCCAACCUGUGUGUCAACCAGAUCGUCAGAAAUGGGAACGAGAAACAGAAAGAAAAAUACCUUCCUAAGCUUAUUAGUGGAGAACAUAUUGGUGCUUUAGCAAUGAGUGAAGCUAAUGCUGGUUCUGAUGUUGUGUCCAUGAAACUGAAGGCAGAGAAAAAGGGAGAUCAUUAUGUAUUAAAUGGCAACAAGUUCUGGAUUACAAAUGGACCCGAUGCAGAUGUGUUGGUUGUGUACACUAAAACAGAAUUGUCUUCUGACCAGCCAGCCCGUAGUAUUAGUGCUUUUUUGAUAGAAAAGUCAAUGCCAGGCUUCCAACAAGGCAAGAAGUUGGAUAAACUUGGAAUGCGUGGAUCCAACACAUCAGAAUUGAUUUUUGAAGAUUGUGAAGUUCCAGAGGAGAACAUGUUGGGGAAAAAGAACAAAGGUGUUUAUGUGUUGAUGUCGGGGCUGGAUAUUGAACGAUGUGUAUUGUCAGCUGGAUGUGUUGGAAUUAUGCAAGCAUGUUGUGAUGUAGCAUUUGAGUAUGCUAACCACAGGGAAUGCUUUGGCACAAAAAUAGGAAAUUUUCAAAUGAUCCAAGCCAAGCUAGCGGACAUGUACACCCAGAUGAGCGUCAGUCGGUCAUACGUGUACAACGUUGCACGGGCGCUUGACCGUGGAGAAAGACACCCAAGUGAUUGUGCUGGUGUUAUUUUAUACACAGCAGAAGCAGCAACAAAAAUGGCGCUUGAUGCCAUUCAAAUAUUAGGUGGAAAUGGUUACAUCAAUGAUUAUCCAACUGGAAGAUUAUUACGUGAUGCGAAACUGUACGAAAUCGGAGCCGGGACAACAGAAAUCAGGAAACUUGUUAUAGCAAGGGCAAUAAACAAUCAUUAUAGAUGAUGAUGAUAGUAUAUUUUAUUAAAUCUCUUAUUUGUGCUUUGUAUCAGAGAGAAAAAUUCAGUAGACAUGUUUUUGUCUGUGUGUAUGUGUGUAUUAUACAGUAUUUAAGUGCUAUCACUGGAGAUUAAAGUAAUGAUGUAAAAACAUUCUAAUAUGAACAAAGUGAUAAGUGCUAUCAUUGGAGAUUAAAGUAAUGAUGUAAAAACAUUCUGAUAUAAACAAAGUGACGAGUGCUAUUGUUGGAGAUUAAAGUAAUGAUGUAAAAACAUUCUAAUAUGAACAAAGUGACAAGUGCUAUUGUUGGAGAUUAAAGUAAUGAUGUAAAAACAUUCUGAUAUAAACAAAGUGACGAGUGCUAUUGUUGGAGAUUAAAGUAAUGGUGUAAAAACAUUCUAAUAUGAACAAAGUGAUGAGUGCUAUCAUUGGAGAUUAAAGUAAUAAUGUAGAAACAUUCUAAUAUAACCAAAGUGACUUGAGUGCUAUCAUUGGAGAUUAAAGUAAUAAUGUAGAAACAUUCUAAUAUAACCAAAGUGACUUGAGUGCUAUCAUUGGAGAUUAAAGUAAUAAUGUAGAAACAUUCUAAUAUAACCAAAGUGACUUGAGU